UCUCCCUCAGUGGCUCAUUUGGAACAAGCUACGUCUUCCCACAGAUCGUCCUGAGUGGGAGCCAGCUGGCCCCCGAAAGCCACUAUGAGGGCCAGAAUGCACACGCACACUGCAAACAACGUUAUCAACUGGAUUAAAGCCAAGAAAAGCACCGACACCUUUUCAGUUUUCUGCGUCUUGAAAGUCAACUCCCUGGAUACUUUCACCGCAGCCGUUUAUGAACAUGCAGUGAUACUGCCGAGUGUCACCCUCCACCCCGUGUCUCCCGAAGAGGCGCUGGCGUUAAUGAAUCGCAACCUGGACCUUCUCGAAGGAGCAAUCACAUCAGCAGCCAAGCAGGGUGCGCAUAUUAUCGUGACUCCAGAAGAUGGUAUUUAUGGUGUCAGUUUCACCAGGAAAUCGAUCUACCCGUACUUGGAGGAUAUCCCAGACCCUCAAGUGAAUUGGAUCCCCUGUAAUAAUCCUAACAGAUUUGGCCAUGCACCAGUACAAGAAAGACUCAGCUGCCUGGCCAGAGACAAUGCCAUCUAUGUGGUGGCAAAUAUAGGGGACAAGAAGCCAUGCAACGCCAGCGACCCUCAGUGUCCCCCUGACGGCCGUUACCAGUACAACACGAAUGUGGUGUUCGAUUCUCAGGGAAAGCUGGUGGCCCGCUACCAUAAGCAAAAUCUUUUCAUGGGGGAAGAACAAUUCGAUACACCCAAGGAGGUUGAGGUCGUGACUUUUGACACUGCCUUUGGGAAGUUCGGCAUUUUCACGUGCUUUGAUGUGCUCUUCCAUGACCCUGCUGUCACCCUGGUGAAAGACCGCCACGUGAACACCAUCCUUUUCCCCACGGCUUGGAUGAAUGUUCUGCCACAUUUAUCAGCCAUUGAGUUCCACUCGGCUUGGGCUAUGGGCAUGGGGGUCAAUUUCCUUGCCUCCAAUUUACAUAACCCUCUGCUGAGAAUGACAGGAAGUGGCAUCUAUGCACCCGAUUUUCCAAAAACAUUUCAUUACGAUAUGAAGACCAAGGAGGGAAAACUCCUCCUGGCCCAACUGGAUUCCCACCCCUACCACCCCAUAGUGAAUUGGACUUCUUAUGCCAGCAGUAUUGAAGCUUUCUCAAUGAGAAACCAGGAAUUUAAAGGAACUGUCUUUCAUGAUGAAUACAUCUUUGUGGAGCUCAAAGAAAUCACAGGAAAUUACACAGUCUGCCAGAAAGAUCUCUGUUGUCAUCUAAGCUACCAGAUGUCUGAAAAGAGGUCAGAUGAAGUUUAUGCCUUAGGAGCGUUUGAUGGGCUACAUACUGUUGAAGGGCGCUAUUAUCUACAGAUCUGCACCCUGCUGAAGUGUAAGACAACUGUUGUACAGAGCUGUGGUGACUCAGCUGACACAGCUGCUACCAAGUUCGAGAUGUUCUCCCUCAGCGGCACUUUUGGGACCCAAUAUGUCUUCCCUGAGGUGCUGCUGAGUGAAGUUCAGCUUGCGCCCAGAGAAUUUCAGGUGACGAGCGAUGGACGCUUGCUGAGUCUGCAGCCGACAUCGAGCCCCGUCUUGACCGUCACACUGUUUGGGAGGGUGUAUGGCAAGGACGGGGCACCAAAUGCUUCAUCCUACCUGGUAGCCCACUCACUAACAGGACUGUUAACAGUGAUAAUACCCAUCGCGUAUUCAUUGUGUUGGUAGAAUUUUUCUAUUAUCUUUUAUUUGGGAUAAUUUAAAAACGAUAGAUGAGGGAAGGAUUGGUCUGGGCUCCUGCUAAUAGCAGGACUCUGGUAAGUGAAUGAUUAUUACACAUUUGUCUUUAUUUAGAGAAACACACAUGACAGAAAUAUAAGCUUACGAUAAGAAAUAUUAAGGUAAAUUUUAAAAACUGGUGGAAAAUUUGUCUUUCUUAGAACUAAGGUAUUUGUACCAAUUGAGUAUUACACAUAUUAUGCAGAAGAAAUAAAAAUUUCAGUUAAAAAGCACAUCAGAAAUUACCAUAAUACACUCACAAGAAGUCUCAAUCCAUGAUCACUUUGAUUGUAUUUUCUGCUUAAGAUUUCAGUGACUUUGUUUCUUCUGUUAAUUGUUUACCUGAACAAUAUGUUUAGAUUCUCUCAUCGGCUGAAUAGUAUCCCCCUAGAUUAGUAAAUUGAAGGCCUUAACUGCCAAUACCUCCGAAUGUGAUUUGGAGACAGUAUUUGAAAGGAUGAGAUAAAGUCAUGAGGGCGACCCAAAGUUUGUGACUGAUGUCCCCAUAAGAAGAAGGAAUUCGGACACCAUGUACAGAAUGGAGAUUACAUAAUCCUACAGAGGAGAGCGCUAUCUACAAGCCAAGGAGAAAUGUCUCAGGAGAAACCAAACCUGCCAACCUGCUGAUCUUGAACUUCUAGCCCCAGAUUGAUGAGACAAUAAAUUUCCGUUGUUCAAGUCACCCAAUCUGUGGCACUUUGUUAAGGAAGCCAUGGCAAACUAAUGCAAACUUCUGUCUACCCUCCUUGCUUGCCCCUUGCCACCUUGCACCGGAACCGGAAGUUUACACAGAAAGAACAUCCCACUCACCUGAGUGCGCCAGUCUCCAGCAGAGACUUCCGGGGAAGAAUUGCUGAAGCCUUGAUAGUGACAUCACGGGAUCAUAGAAUGCCCUUAGGAAUUAGGAACUACAAAGUCACAAUUUUGAAAGUAAGUAUUUAAUUUAGCAUUUCUGAAAGUAUUUAAGUAUUUUCAGUAACAGUAGAAUUUCUUGACAUUGUACAACCUAGUGAAACAAAGAAUAACCUUUAGUCAUACGUCUGUCUGCUGGCAGACGAUCCUCAUAGCACUGGCAUUUGUCACACCCUUUAUGCAGUGUGUUCUUCUCCAAGAGUGAUCUGUACCAACAGCUUGUUAUUUGCAAGAUAUGAAUUUUGUGGCAGUUGCAUUUCUUGAAAAAUGCUAUCUUAUCCAAAACACUUAAGUAAAAACCGUUUUGUGCUUUA